GGAGCCGCGCGCACCGAGCUGAUUCACUGUGAAUUCCGACGCGUACAUCAAACUACAGAAGAGCAAUUCCCGAACCAGUGACCACCGGAAUCCCGACACAGUCUUUAGGUUUAUUGGUUGUCAACUCUGGUAAUUGUGGACGCAGUUACUGGUACUUUGCCACCAUGAUUCAUUUGCGGCUACCGUCCUUCCAUUUCUCUUUUGCUCCCUGCCUAUCCUCACUUCUCUUCCUGAUCUUCCUCUUGGGCCUCACCCAUCUCUCUCAAGCCAGUCCCGAUGUGUCCCAUAGCAGCCCAGGGAACUGCUCAGGGGAGGACAGCUGUUCUGAAGGUGUAGUUUUGCCGGUAUGGAAUCCCCUGAACCCCUCUGUGGGCGACAAGGUUGCACGUGCCAUAGUCUACUUUGUGGCCCUCAUUUACAUGUUCCUGGGCAUGUCUAUCAUUGCCGACCGGUUCAUGUCCUCCAUCGAGGUCAUUACCUCUCAAGAGAAGGAGAUAACAAUCAAGAAACCCAAUGGCGAAACCACCACAGCGACCAUCCGCAUCUGGAAUGAGACUGUGUCCAACUUGACCCUCAUGGCUCUUGGAUCUUCAGCUCCUGAGAUCCUGUUAUCUGUGAUUGAGGUGUGUGGGCACAAGUUUGAGGCUGGCCACAUGGGGCCGAGUACAAUUGUAGGCAGCGCUGCCUUCAACAUGUUCAUAAUCAUCGCCAUUUGUGUUUACGUAGUUCCAGACGGCGAGGUGCGAAAAAUCAAGCACCUGAGGGUUUUCUUUGUGACUGCAGCCUGGAGCAUCUUUGCCUACAUCUGGCUCUACUUGAUCCUGGCCAUCAUCUCUCCUGGUGUGGUGGAGGUUUGGGAGGCUGUCCUUACCUUCCUCUUCUUUCCACUCUGUGUGGUCCAGGCCUGGAUUGCUGACCGUCGGCUGCUCUUUUACAAAUAUGUCCACAAGCGCUACCGUGCCGACAAGAAUCGCGGAAUCAUCAUCGAGACAGAGGGCGAUGGUAUGUUUACCAAGAUGGAUAUGGAGAUGGAUGGUCAGGGUGCCAACUCUCACCACAAGGAGGUCCUUGAUGGCAUGCUGGCUGGAGUAGAGGAAGGAGGAGGUGGUGGAGGUGGAGGAGAAGAAGAGGAGGCCAGAAGGGAAAUGGCUCGGACACUGAAGGAUCUUAAACAGAGACACCCAGAAAAGGACAUGGAGCAGCUGAUCGAGAUGGCUAACUAUCAAGUCCUAGUGCAACAGCAGAAGAGUCGAGCUUUCUACCGCAUCCAGGCCACACGCAUGAUGAUCGGAGCGGGGAACAUCCUGAAGAAGCAUGCUGCAGACCAGGCCAGGAAAGUUGUGAGCUGCCAUGAGUCUAAUGCUCAGGAAGAAGACCCUCACACCAUCUAUCUGGAGUUUGAGCCCUCCCAUUACCAGUGCUUUGAGAACUGCGGCUCCUUAAAACUCUCAGUGACCCGUCAUGGUGGAGACAGUGGCUGCACAGUUAAGGUUGACUAUCGCACAGAGGAUGGCACAGCUAAUGCUGGAUCAGACUAUGAAUUCGCCGAGGGCACCCUUGUUUUUAAACCAGGUGAGACGGUGAAGGAGCUGACAGUUGGUGUGAUUGACGAUGACAUAUUUGAGGAAGAUGAGCAUUUCUAUGUACACCUCAGCAACCCUCGGGUUGUCCACCGUGCUGAGGUCGCCAUCCUCGAUCCGAAUGCCGUGUCUCCAGGCAACAGCAUUAUAGGGUCCAGCCAAGUUACCCCUAAAGCCGCUCUGGGUACUGCUCACACUGCCACGGUGACCAUCUACGAUGAUGACCACGCUGGUAUCUUCACGUUCGAGAGCAAUUCCUCACGAGUGAGUGAGAGUGUGGGCAUCAUGCAGGUGAAGGUCCACAGAACAUCUGGAGCUCGAGGGAAGGUUGCAGUACCGUACCACAUCACAGAGGGCACCGCCAAGGCUGGAGAAGACUAUGAGGAUGUGGCUGGCAAACUGGAGUUCCUCAAUGAUGAGACCAUGAAGAUGCUGGAGGUGAAGAUCAUUGAUGAUGAGGAAUAUGAGAAGAACAAAACCUUCACCAUCCACCUGGGAGAGCCGGUGCUGCUGGAGAUUGGACAGAAACACGGAGACUCUAAUGAUAACAAGCCGGUGGUGGGAGCUGAGGAAGAGGAGGUGGCCAAGAUGGGGUGUCCGAGUCUGGGAGAGCACACCAAACAGGAGGUGGUGAUAGAGGAAUCAUAUGAGUUUAAGAAUACUGUUGACAAGCUAAUAAAGAAGACUAACCUGGCCCUGGUGGUGGGCAGCAGUAGCUGGAGAGAGCAGUUUGUCAGCGCUGUCACUGUCAGUGCAGGUGAUGACGAUGAGGAGGAGAGUGGGGAAGAGCGCUUGCCCUCGUGCUUUGAUUACAUCAUGCACUUCCUGACGGUUUUCUGGAAGGUUCUGUUUGCCUUUGUACCACCCACGGAGUACUGGAAUGGCUGGGCAUGCUUCAUUGUGUCCAUCACGCUCAUCGGAGUUCUGACUGCUGUUACCGGAGAUCUAGCAUCUCACUUUGGUUGUACAGUUGGCCUGAAGGACACUGUCACAGCUGUGGUGUUUGUGGCCUUGGGAACAUCUGUGCCCGACACCUUUGCUAGUAAGGUGGCAGCCAUCCAGGACCAAUACGCUGAUGCAUCCAUUGGUAAUGUGACAGGUAGUAAUGCAGUUAACGUCUUCCUGGGUAUCGGGGUGGCAUGGACCAUCGCUGCCGUGUACUGGCACAGUCAGGGCAAAAGCUUCCAAGUCCCGCCUGGCUCGCUGGCUUUCUCCGUCACCCUCUUCACCAUCCUGGCACUAGUGUGUGUCCUUAUACUGCUGUACCGCCGUCGGCCUUCUGUGUCUGGGGGUGAGCUGGGUGGCCCACGAACCGCCAAGCUGAUCACUGCCGCCUUCUUCAUCUCGCUCUGGCUCAUCUACAUCAUGCUAUCCUCACUGGAGGCUUACUGCCAUGUGCCUGGCUUCUAA